ACAGCUAUAAAGAAUACACUCGACGCGGACAUCACAAGGGGCAAAGGGCCCCGACCCUUCUCCAUUCUCUAAUCCAACAUCCAAAAAACCUAAUUUCAACAAUUCUUUUGUCGCUAUAAACCCUAAAUCUCUAUUCCCAAUUUCAUCACACGUCCAUGAAUUCCGCGCAAUUCACUUCUUACGCAUUUCUCCAUGGAUUCCGCUACUCAAAUUCUCAAGAAAGAGCACAAAACCUUCGUUAGACGACGAUUACCGCCAACCCCACUACCGCCGCCGCCGCCUUCUCUUUCUUCUUCCUCUUCGCCUCCUCUCAACCCAACUCUACCGGCCAAGCCCUCAGCCCCUUGUCCGGUUAAGAAAACUCGGGAUUUGCCUAAUUUUUCGGAAUGUCAUGCUUGUGGCUUUCGUGUUGACGCCGUUGACGGUCGUUCCAGGCUUAAUUCUCUCUACAGCGAGUGGCGGAUUGUUCUUCUUUGUAAGAAGUGUUUCUCUCUUGUUGAAUCGUCUCAGGUUUGUUCUUACUGUUUUGCUGACUCGAGAGGCGACUCUUUUAAUUGCUCUGAGUGUAACCGUCGGGUUCAUCGGGAGUGUUUUUCCCUGUAUAGUAGAGUUGCUCCCUGGUCGUACUCCUCUUCGGGUUCUGAGUUUUCUGUGUGUAUUGAUUGUUGGGUUCCUAAACCAAUUGUGACAGCGAGGGCGGUUUUGAGAAGUAGGAAAAUUAGGAGAAAGAAUAUCAAUGUUUCGGAUUUGCGGAGUUCUAAGGUUUCCACUAGUGGAAACUGCAAAUCAUUGAGUUCAUUAGUGAAGGAUGCAAAUUGUUUGGCGGAUAAGAAUGUUGAUGCUGCGGUUAGAGGUAGGGAACAUGCGCUGAAAAAGGCUGCUGUGGUUAGGAGGGCUUCUGAGUUGGCUAGCGAUGCCUUAAAUUUGGUUGCCCAAAGGGAUGAAACUGCUGCCAAAGAGUCUGGGGAAUCUGCUGACGAUGCCGAAUUGGCGAUUCAGUUGCACCGGGCUAUGAAUAGUUCUCCAAGGUUAUCCAAGAAUUUUUGUUCGGCAAAUUCGAACUACAUGGCUUUUGAGAAUACAAGGGUGGUGGAUGAUGGGGACACAUCAAUAGGAGAACUGUGUAGUGAGGAGUUUGAUUUCUUUAAAACCCCACAAGUUUUCAUUAAUAACAGUUUAUGCAAUUCUCCUGACAAUGCUGCUUCUGAGCCUUCGGUCACGGCUAAAGAUCAUGUCGCACCGUUAGAAAUCAAUCGUUUAGAGUCCAUGGGAAACAAUCCUGUACCAGCAAAGGGCAAUGGUUGCUCGGUAAAGUGUGAUACUGAGUCUGAGAAUGUGGAAUUGUCUCCUAAAGAAGAUCUGAGGAGCAGGUCAAUUGAAUUAAUGAGUGCCGGUUGCAAUCAUGAUAGGUUAUGCUCUGAAGAUAAGUACAGUCUACCCAGGGAUGAGAGAUGCAUUGCAAAGCCUUAUCACUAUUUCUUCAAGUAUAAGAGGAGAGAUACAACUAAACGCUAUCUGUUGAAGUAUAGCAAGAGAAAAUCAAGACUGAAGAGAAUGCCUGAUUGCAAACCUAAAAUUCUUGUUGAUGGAAUGUGCUUGGGUGUUCCGUCUUCCUCUGCAGCAAUUCUAAUUAGUACUGAGAAAUUUCCAGUUAUUUCAAAUGCCUCAUUUGGCUGCUGUGCUGUUCCUCUGCAAGCUUCUAGCCUCGGUGUGCAUGCUGUUCAAGAAAUCAGUGACCAAGGAGGCAGGUCAGCCUUUGGCCUAUGAGCCCUUUUGAUAACACUAAAGUAGGGACAAGAUCAGAUGCUCCUUUAAGGCCUUGAAGAGGUUGCCUUGCAGUUUAUCCCAAAUGUAGUUGGUACUUCCUCUUAAGUAUCUUAAAGAACACCAAACUCUCGUUGGACAACUUUGAGUUGAACUAACUCACCACUUAAUGAUGAAUUCAUCCUGGAGAUACUAAGUGGAAGGAAAAAGCUCAUUUCUUGGAUUUUCUUUGAAUUCUCUUUCACUCAGGUUGCCAAAAGGCUUAAAGAACAAAGAUCUGAAAGGUUUGAACAAGCUAAUUGGUAAAUGAAGAAACAGUUGCCACAAGAACAUUUCUGGAAGGGAAAGGGACAAAAUAUUCUUAAACAUUGUGAAUAUGAAGGCUAGGAGGGGCUUUCCUUUCCCAUUUGCAACUCUUUGACAAGGAACUCAAUUUAUGUGCCUGAAGAGCUUAUAAACAUGGGUGGUGUUGUUGUUGGUGCAAGUAAAAUAUUGUGAUAGUUUAUUUGGUCAUGAAGGUUGAGUUUAUUUGGUCUUGGUUGGUAUCAACUGUGUUGAAAAUAAAUGCAAUUCCCAAAUUCUUUCAAAUGGCAAGUUCGAUCAAAACAGAACUCUUGAGUUGCGUUCGUGUAAAUAUUUUCUAUGGCAUGUUUUUGCUUCGACAUAUUUAGUCUAUGAAUAAAACUCCAUUAAGCAAA